AUGGAGUGUGAGGUUGUAUAUGAGCAAGAAGGAGUUUUCAUUCAUUCAUCCUGUGGAAAAAAUGAUGACCAGGACAGCUUAAUAUCAGGAGUGCUACGUGUCAUAGAAAAGGAAAAUGAAGUAAUAGUAGACUGGAGACCACUGGAUGAUACUUUGGAUACUUCUAAUAUCCUCUGUGCUGGAAAGGAUUCCAGUUCAGUUGUGGAGUGGACUCAAACUCCUAAAGACAAAUGUUCCCGAGGAGCAGACCGUCCAAGUAGUUAUGAAGCAGAAUGGGACAUGGUCACCACAGUCUCUUUUAAAAAGAAACCUCAUUCAAAUGGAGAUGUUACAAGUCAUGCAAAUGGAGAAAGCAAGUGGUCGUUCCUGUUCAGUUUGACAGAUCUGAAAUCAAUCAAACAAAACAAAGAAAGCAUGGGAUGGUCUUAUUUGGUGUUCUGUCUGAAGGAUGAUGUGAAGCUUCCAGCUCUUCACUUUCAUCAUGGAGACAGCAAACUAUUGAUUAAAUGCCUUGAAAAGCAUGUUGUGCUGAAUGAAUCUCCACAGGAUAAACGGAUUCUUCUUGUGAAUUCUCAGAACAAGUCUCUGUCUCAGUCUUUUGAAAAUCUCUUUGAUGAACCCUCAUAUGGCUUAUUACAAAAAUUGAAGAAAGAUCCAUACACAGUAACAAUGGGAAGAUUUUCCAAAGUCACAAACUAUAUUUUUGACAGUUUUCGUUUAAGUGACACUUCAACUCAAAGGCGACCACCAUCAGAAAUGGCAGACUUUCUCAAUGAUGCUAUUCCAGGGCUAAAGAUAUUUUUUGAAGAACCAGGAUUUGAAGUCAUUACACGAAUUGAUCUAGGAAAACAGCCUGAAGUUAGUAGAAGAGAGCCUGUGUCGACUGAAGAAUGGGCUAAUAAUAUGGAUUCUGAAGGAAGAAUUUUAAAUGUUGACUACAUAAAGCGAUUGAUAUUUAAAGGGGGUCUCUGCCACACUUUAAGAAAAGAGGCAUGGAAAUUUCUUUUGGGGUAUUUUCCUUGGCAUAGCACUAAAGAAGAGAGAGCAAAUCUGCAAAAAAGGAAAACGGAUGAAUAUUUCAGGAUGAAACUACAGUGGAAAUCUGUCAGUGAGGAACAGGAAAAACGUAAUUCAAGAUUAAGAGAUUACCGGAGUCUUAUAGAAAAAGAUGUAAACAGGACAGAUAGAACAAAUAAAUUCUACGAAGGUGAAGACAAUCCAGGAUUGAUUUUACUUCAUGAUAUUUUGAUGACCUAUUGCAUGUAUGACUUUGAUUUAGGUUAUGUCCAGGGGAUGAGCGACUUGCUUUCACCUGUCUUGUAUGUUAUGGAGAAUGAAGUAGAUGCCUUUUGGUGCUUUGUAUCAUACAUGGAUCAAAUGCAUCAGAAUUUUGAAGAACAGAUGCAAGGUAUGAAGACACAACUAAUUCAACUGAGUACUUUGCUUCGUUUACUAGACAGUGGAUUUUGCAGUUAUUUAGAAUCUCAAGACUCAGGCUACCUUUAUUUUUGCUUCCGAUGGCUUCUUAUCAGAUUUAAAAGGGAAUUUAGCUUUCAAGAUAUUCUUCGACUCUGGGAGGUCAUGUGGACAGAAUUGCCUUGCCAGAAUUUUCAUCUUCUCCUUUGUUGUGCUAUCUUAGAAUCUGAAAAACAGCAAAUAAUGGACAAGCACUAUGGCUUUAAUGAAAUAUUAAAGCAUAUCAAUGAACUGUCUAUGAAAAUUGAUGUGGAAUAUAUACUCUGCAAAGCAGAAGCCAUUUCUAUGCAGAUGAUGAAUUGCAAGGAAUUGCCUCAAGCAGUGAGCGAGAUCCUGGGGAUAGAAAGCAGUUUGGUAACACCAGAUUCAGAUACUGGAGAGGAUGAAAGUGGAGCUGUGUUGAGUUGUCCAACAUCAUUAUAUCAGAGUAUCUCAACACCUGUAAUUGCUGCCAAUGGAACAAGAGACAGCACUGAACAGAUGUCUGAGACGUAGAGCCUGACACCUGCAUAAUUACAGCUGGUUAAAUUGAAGAAAGACUUUUACUGAGCACGUUUCUUUCAAGCACUUGAGAGAUGGAUAUUUAAAUUUGGUGUUGAUUAAGCUUUAAGGUUGGAAAGAAAAUCUGUACUGUAAUGCUCUUGCAUUAAAGCUUUACAACAUGACUCAACUAUUUUUGUAGUUUCUUCUACCAAAAUAGCCUUUUCUUUUCAAUAACAUUCCUUAAUAUUUUUGUAGCCAAGUGCAUUUUCUUUUUGCUGGUGAACUGGAAAUGAAUGGUGAUUAAGAAUGAAUUUGAAAAUUCUGCAUUUGCUGAGCUUUCACACGUAUUCAUUUAAGACAGUGUGAGCUCUUUCAUCUGAGCAGAUUCACAAUAGGCCAGCUGAAGCUGCUGUACAAAAUUUUCAAGCUGAAGAGAUGCUGAUGUGUUAAAGGAGGAUUGUUUUGUAAAUGAAUGGGUUUUCCCAUUUCUCAAAUGUUUACAAAAAUACUUCUAAGUAUUUGUUGCUGGUUGAAUGUAGAUUUGAAAUGGACAUUUAUACUUACACAGUUUAAUGUCCAAAUAUAGAAUUUUGUGUAAUUGGGAGUGGAUGAGCAGUAUAUUUUUACAUUAACAUAUCUUCACUUUAUAUAUGCAUAUAUAUAUUUACACACAUGCAUACACUAUAUACACAAAUGUUUGUGAAUACUAAAAAGGAUAGUCCUAUUUUCAAUAUCUGAAUAAACUUGACUGUUCAUUCAUACGAAUCGGUUUGACUAAAUUAAUGCACAGCUCCAACUUGGGCUCUUUUUCAAAACUUUUCUAACUGAAGGUAACUUUGAUGUGAAUACAUUCAGUCCUACACUUGAGGUAAUUUUGCAAUAGAUUUCUUGCCAACUUUACUAAUGCUUAUCUUUGCUAAUAUAUUAACUGAUCAAUUAACUAAUUACACUUUUUUAUGGCAAGAUUAUUUGGAGAAUUAAUAAGCAGGUUAUUUAAAAA